AUGGGAUCGGUAGGAGGCGAGCAUUCGUUCAGGGUCAUCAUAGUGGGUGCAGGGUUGGGAGGAUGUGCUACGGCUUUGGCAAUGCACCAUGCCGGCUUCGAAGUGGUCGUGUUUGAGAAAGUCAGGGAAUUUCUACGACUGGGCGACUCACUCGGUCUGGGCGAGAACGCGUUGAAACUGCUCGAUCGAUGGUCACCGUACCUUCGUGCCCGGCUUGUCGAAAUCGGCAACAAGUCUGAGCUGAUGCAGAUACGUCGUUGGCAUGAUGGCAAAGUAUUGGCUCAACAACCCUUAAUGGAUAUGGCGGGCUUCAUUGGCCAUCGAGGAGAUUAUCAUCGAGCAUUUCUGGAUGCUGUUGCCGAAAAGGGGAUUCCUGUUCAUAUGGGGAGCGAGGUCGUGGAGUACGACGAUUCAAGCCCUUCGGUGACACUGAAGAACGGCGAACGACAUUUUGCUAAUAUCAUUAUAGCGGUUGAUGGAAUCAAAUCUCGAGCACGCGAGCUUGUCCUUGGAUUUGACGACAAGCCCAAAUCCUCAGGCUACGCUUGUUUCAGAGCAUUCUUCAAGGGAUCCCACCUCCGCGGCAACCCACUGGCCGCCGAGUUCGUGGAACAGGAAUGCGUUAACAUCUGGAUCGGCAAGGAUAAGCACCUCGUACAAAACACACUGCGCAACGGCGAAGAGUUCAACUGGAUCAUCACACACAAGGAUACCGAGGACAUCAAGGAGUCGUGGUUCCAGCCGGGAAAUAUGGACGAAGUCCGUCGUCUGGUGGAGGACUGUGACCCGCGUAUUGCCGCCGUCGUCAAGAAGACGGAGGCCUGCCUGGACUGGAAGAUCUGCUACCGUGAUCCUAUCCCAACUUGGGUCAGUAGGAACCACACCGUGGCGCUGGUGGGGGAUUGUUGUCAUCCGCAUCUACCUACGAGUGCGCAGGGCGCUAGUCAGGCCACGGAGAGUGCUGCUGUGCUGGCGCAAUGCUUGUUGUUGGCUGGGCGAGAGAACGUUCCUUUGGCGACGAGGGUCUACGAAAAGCUUCGUUUCCCUCGUGUCCGUCGUGCCCAGACAAACGGUGAAGACCUACGAGAUCGAUGGCACAGCGCUUUGGAUAAAGUGGGGGAAGGCGAAGAGAUUGAUCCGGACAGCAUAUUGAUCAAGAACAAUGUCCUCUACGACUAUGACGCCGAAGCAGACACCAGGAAGCGAUGGCCAGAAUUGUCGGCUCUUGUGAGCGAGGAGUUGAAGACCGGGAAGAUCACCCCCUUAUGCUAA